AUAUUAGUUUUAAAAUUAGUUUAAGUAAUAGACUGUUUUGAAUGAUUUAUUUUCUAUAGAAUUCUCCAUUUUAGAUAAAAAAAAAUUAAUAUAAUAUAGUCUAUUAACAAAAAAAAAUAUUAAAACAAUUGAUAAUUUAAUGAUAACUAAAUCAUAUUAUCAACUAAUGUCUAGAUUUAAGCCGACAUACCGUUAUCCCUGUCUGAUAAUACUAUUGGCAUUAAUAGUGAUUGAAUCAAUCAGUUAUGUUAACUGUAAUAACACCGGCAGCGGCGGUACCGGUGGUAUACAAAACACUACUAAAACGACAUUCAAUUUAGGAUCACUAACUGGUCUAUGGUAUAGAGUCUAUGCAACCGGAAAAUCUGAUUGCCUGACACUGGAAAUUGUUCACAACGUUGAGACAAAACAAUAUGAUUUAAUUGAACGAAAAAAUUUUCAAUUAAUAAGUCGAUUACAAUCAUCUAUUGGUGCGGACGGUAUCAUUAGAUUGAAGCGCAAUGAAACCGGUUAUCCCCUAUCGCUAAAAAUAUUGUCUACUGAUUUGGCCAAUUAUUUUAUGAUACAUUUUGUCGACUUAACUAAAAAUCUGGCCGCUGUCGGUGUCUAUACCAGAGAUAAACCCGAAACAUUGGACGACGACCUAUUGGAUGUGUGUAAUCGUACAUUGAAUAAGACUGGUAUCAAAUUACCGCUCCGACCGGUCGAGUAUCUUAACUGUCAAUUACCGCCGUUAGUGGACUCAUCGUUGGGCGGUACCCGUGAUGUCGAUGAAGUUGUUUUGCCUAAUAGACCGACUCUGGCAACACUACUCUAUAAGACAAUUGGUACCUGGUUUCGGGUGUACAGUUCAAGUGGUGACGGGUUUAUUAGUUUUACAUAUGUUAGUAUACAGGGUAGUCAACCGCCGCUUUUCCGUAUACUUAUCCGACAAUCAUCCACUGAUUAUUUGUCCGGCCAUAUGAUAGUUGAUGCCGACGGACAUAAAUAUACAGUUAUCAGGGAUGACAACAAUCAACAAUUGGCAACAAUUGAGUGCUUAAAUUAUGAGAUAAAUAGUUAUUUUAUAUUCAAAAUUACUGAUAACAAUAAUAAAGUUAAUAUCUAUGUGUUUACACCAACGCCCGUACAAAACCCAACGGUACUAAACAUUGCCAAACAAACACUGCAACGGCUGGGACUUGAUUUCCCGCUACAGACUAAUGUUGUUAACGGUGUCGACGGAUCUGCUAAUACCAAGACAACAGCUGACAACACCAACAACCAAAUACCGCCAUCAUCUGUGACCAGUGAUACCGAUACUAUUAUGUUAGUUCCCGAUAGUACAAUGGCUGACCAAUUGCGUAAAGUGCCGUCAAUUGAAACAUUGACGACUAAGUUAACUGGUCGCUGGUUUCGGGUAUACGGUUCACACGCAGACAACUAUAAUAUGUUUGACAUAACAUUAAUACCCGGAUCACAACCGCCCGAAUUGGAGUUCAAAAUACACCACGAUACAAAAAAUAAAAUACUAACGGGUCAUAUGAUAUUAGAUGGCAAUGGGCAUAUAUUGGAUUUUAUUAAACCAUCCAGACAAGUUAUCUAUAAAUAUUUAACAUAUGAACUACCAAAUUAUUAUAUAGUACUUUUCAAAAAUGUUGACACCAAUUUUGUUGGUAUAGACGUCUAUUCCCGUAGUGAUCAACCAAAUCAAAAAUAUUUAUUAAAAUUGGCCCGGAGUACAUUACAGAAUCUAGAUUUAAAUUACAUACUAAUUGAAUCUAAUUUGGUCCAGGUCAAAAUAAAAGCUGCAUUAAACCAGAUCGACAACAAUGAACUUGUUUUACCUAAAACACCGACAGAACAGAUAAUCCUCUAUGAGAUGAUUGGCCGCUGGUAUCGGUUAUACGGAUCGCAUGAAAGCGACUUUAGUGUCAAUGAUAUUACAAUAACUCCCGGAUCACAACCGCCCGAAAUUGUGUUUACAUUUCGAAAUGAUAAAACCAAUGUAAAUGUAAAAAAUUUGCUAAAAUUUGAAAACAAUCAGUACAUAUUGGUUAACAAUGCUAAUGGCAAUCGACUUCAAUAUAGAUUUUUAUAUUACGAACCGACAAGUUUUUAUAUUGUUGAAAGUAUAUCUAAUAAUAAUAAAAUUAGGAUCGAUAUGUUUUCGCGAAACGAUGAAACCAAUGAAAACACUAGAAAAAUGGUUUUAAAAAUAAUGAUAAAAUUGGGUCUCAAUUAUCCAAUACAGCCGCUGACCGGUCCGACUCAUUGGAUGCCAGAUUUGAUACCAAAUAAUGGUUUCCCAAAAGUACCGACUGUUCAAACAGUUAUGAAUCAGCUAACUGGUCGCUGGUAUCGGGUGUAUGGCUCGAAACAGAGAGAAUAUAAUACAUAUGAAAUAACAUACAUAUCCGGUACACAACCUCCAGAAAUGCAAUUUAUUAUACAUCACGAUACAGAUAAUAAAACAGAAACGGGACGUAUGAUAGUUAGUGGCAAUGAUUAUGUCGUCUAUUUUGCCAUAAGUGAUAUAAAACCCAUUGUCUAUAAAUAUUUGUGGUAUGAUUUGCCAAAUUAUUUUAUAAUAUUAUACAAAAAUACGGAUACAGAUGCAGUUGGUGUUGACGUGAUUUCCAGAUAUGAUAAACCAAAACAAAAUUAUUUGUUAAAAACGGCUAAACAAGCGCUUGAAAGUCUAAAACUUGAUUAUCCGCUGAUUGAAACCGAUUUGGUACCGAUUAAAAUAAAAUCUGCAAUGACCCAGGUCGAUAAUAAACUGGUUGUUUUGCCAAACAAACCUACAGCUCAGAUAGUUUUAUAUGAGUUGACUGGUCGCUGGUUUAGGAUUUACAGUACACAAGAAACAAACACUAAUAUAAAUGACAUCACAUAUACAUACGGAUCACAACCGCCAGAAAUAAACUAUAUAUUGAGUAAUGUGGAUAACAGUCAAGUGGUUAGAAAUAUGUUAAAAAUUGAAAACAAUGAAUACAUUUUGGUUAAUACGGCUACUGGUAGUCGACUUUCGUAUAGAUUUUUACAUUACGAACCGACAGCUUUCUAUAUUAUAUACUUUAAUAGCAGUACUAAUAAUAAUAAUAAUGAUAAUAAUGAUAUCAAUGCUGGUGUACACGUGUUUUCCCGUAACGAUAAUUCCGAUAAUAAUUUGCUAAAUCUUUCAACAAAAAUACUGCAACAGUUAGGCCUUAAUUUUAAACUACUGUCUGUUAAAGAUUCAACUGAUUUGAGUAGAAAUCUUAUAAAUAAAUAUAAUAAUGAUUUGCCAAAUGCAACGGCAAUACAAAAACCUAUACUAACUAAUGAAUUACCAAAUAUACCGUCAAUACAAACAUUGACUAACAAGAUGACUGGUCGCUGGUAUCUGAUGUACAGUACAAACAUGAAUGACUAUAAUGUUAAUGACAUAACUAAUAUACCCGGAUCACAACCAAACAAAUUGAAAUGGUUUAGAAAAUCAUCUUAUGUUAAUGUAAAUUAUAAAGUUGGUCACGUGACAUUGUUAAACAAUCGUUAUGUAGCCGAGGAAAAUGGGAUCAAAAUUUUAUUUAAAUUUGUAGAUUACCAACCAAAUAAAUAUAUGAUUUUUCAAUAUCUAAACUUGAAAACUAACGAGGUCGGUGUCGAUGUGUUUACCCGAUCGGACAAAUCGGAUCUAAUUGUACUGAAAAUUGCCAAUCAGGCACUCAAACAGUUAAAUAUUAAUGGCAAACUAUCAUCGGAUCCUAAACCAAAAAAUCAAUUGACUGAUCAAACUAACGAUAAAAUUGAUUUACCGAGAGUACCGACAAUGCAUACGUUAUUAAGACAGAUGACUGGCCGCUGGUUUCGGGUGUUUGGCACUCAACAGGACUGGCAUAUGAAUAUCAAUGACAUUAUAUAUAUACCCGAAUCACAACCGCCCGAAUUUAGAUGGAUUUUAAGAUCUGAAUCUGAUCCUAGAAAAUAUGAUCAGGGUAGUCUACUAAUUGAUGGCAAUUAUCGUACAUAUGUUUUUGAUAGAUUAAAAAUUAAGGGUUCAUUGAAUUAUUUGAAUUACGAUCCGACAAAAUAUUUUAUCGGACAUUAUUAUAGAGAGUCAACACAUGAAUAUGGUGUGGACGUAUAUUCGCGAUCGAGUAAAUCAAAUCAAAACGAUUUACUAGAAUUGGCUAAUCAUACACUAAAACGGUUGGGUCUUAAAUACAGACUAAUACCCGUCAAACAGUUGGAGUCAGACAUUAGGACAACUGAUUUCGGUUUAUUGCCAAUAAGUUUACCCAAAAUACCAACAAUGAGCCAAAUGAUGACUGAGAUGACAGGUGUCUGGUAUCGUGUGUAUAGUUCACGGAUGGAGUUUUACGAUAUAUUUAAUUUAACUUAUAUACCCGGCACAGAACCGGCACUAUUUAAUUAUGAUAUUAGAGCGCUUAAUAAUAAACAUCAUUAUGUUUUGAGAGUAAAAAUGAUAAAAACAACGGAUAAUGUACUCAAAACAAUAAGUUUCGAUAAUAAUGAAGAAUAUAAUUUUGGAAUAAUAAAUUAUGAUCCUGCUAAUUUUUAUAUAUUAAAAGAAAAUAUAAAUAAUAAUGAUGUUACUGUAGACGUAUUUUCGCGAUCAAACAAACAAGACGUCCAUAUACUGGACGUCGCUUAUCGAACAUUGAAUAAGUUAAACAUAAACGUCAGUCUAAUGCCUUUUUAUCCACUAUUACCCCAAAACACUACACUGUCUACGACUACCGGUGCCGAUAAUGUCAAUAACCAAACGUUGCCAAACGUACCGUCAGCUGAAACAAUGAUUGAUCAGCUGACAGGUCGUUGGUAUGAGAUUUACGGUACAAAUAUAAACAGCGAUAAUGUUUACGAUAUAACAUACAUACCUAAUACACAACCGCCACAAUGGGAAUGGAUUAUUAGAAACAAUCUAAACAAAUAUUAUGUAAUGGCUCGUGGUAAAUUAGAUGGCAAUCAGUAUACAUUGGAUUAUACAGCUAGUGAUGUUAAAUAUAUAAUUAACUAUUUAAACUAUAAGUCGUCAACAUUUUUUAUGAUCAAAUCUGAAAAUACAUUUGAUAAAACUGUUGGUAUCCGUGUAUUUUCCCGAUCAUAUAGCAAUAACCUUGAACAAUUAGAAAUAUUAGAUAUUGCCAAACAAACAAUGGCCCGGCUGAAUCUAAAUUAUAAAAUUGAUCAAGCUGAUUCACUUAAAUGGAACAUGAAUUAUGUCAAUAAUAUAAUGUUACCAAAAUUAUUGCCAAAAGUACCGUCUACUCCACAUAUGAUUACAAGACUAAUAGGUCCCUGGCAUCGGAUAUAUAGUUCACAAUUGGCCGGUCCACUGGGCUAUAGUAUAACAUACAUACCACGUACACUACCACCACAAUUGAAAUUUGACAUAAACAAUAGCAAUGGUAGCACCAGUAGUGUAUCGACAUAUACAGUCCAAAUCAAAUUAGUGGGCAAACAGUAUCAAUUUGUACGCACAGAUACGGAUCAGUUAAUAACUGUUGAAUUUUUGAACUAUAGAUCAAAAUAUUAUAAAAUAAUCAAAACAAUUGAUGAUAAUAAUAAAGUUAUUAUUGAUGUAUAUUCGCGAUCAGCCAAACAAAAUCAAACACAACUGGACAUUGCUUACCGUACACUCUAUAGGUUAGGCUAUAAUGUCAACCUAUUGACCAUUGAUCAGCAACCGGCUGUAUCUAAUAAUAAAGUGUCACCAGAUCCACAAACUACCGGUGCAAAUACACCAGAAGCAACACCAGUAGCAGUAACUGCUGAACAAUUGCCAAGAGUUCCGCCAUUGUAUACGUAUAUCACUAAAUUUAUUGGUCGCUGGACUCGAGUUUUUUCAUCUGAACUAAACAACGAUGGUUUUUAUGGCUAUAAUAUUUUGUCCAUACCUAAUACACAACCGCCACAAUUGGAGUUUAAUAUACAAUAUCUUAAUCAUAUCAAUGUAUCAAAACGUUAUGAAAUACAAUUGUUGGAUAAAACCUAUUUAUUGGUCGACACUAACACUAAAAGCCAAACUAAAGUCGAUUUUUUGAAUUACGAUUCAAACAGUUAUUUUAUUGUCAAAAGUUUAAACCCAAAUACAGAUUCUGUUGUUAUCGAUGUCUAUUCACGAUCAGACAAACCAAAUCUAACCGUACAGGAGAUCGCCAAAUGGACACUUGAGAUGUUGGGUCUAAACAAUAUAACAUUAUUGACUGUUUAUGCCGACACACCCAUUGAUAAUACAAAUCUUCAAACUAAACCUAAUAAUAAUGUUCAGCCAAUUGUAUUGCCAGAACCACUGACCCUGAAAACACCUCAGAUAACUGGUUCCUGGAGUUGGAUGUAUGGUUCGGAUAGGACUGGAUUUAAAUCAAUAACAUCAGCCUAUGUUAAUAGCACUCAACCAUAUGUGGCAAUUAUAGCCAAAGAAAAUGAAAAUAAAUAUAUAUCCGGCUCUUUGCGUCCGAAAAUUAAUGGCAACAAUGAGUUUGAAUUUAUAAUGGAUGGCAAUAAUAAUCAAGUGUUUGCAACCAUUGAAAUAUUAAACUACGAAAGCGGUUGUUUUGUUAUGUCUAAGUCUAUAUUCAUCAAUGAUCCUACAACUUAUAUCGAUGUGUUUGGCGUAUCCAACAAACCAAACAAAACUAUACUAAACAUUGCCGAACAAACACUCAGACAAUUGGGUCUCGACUAUACACUACUGUCCAUUGAUGACAAAUAUGUACCCGACAUAAGUCGGAUCAUUACCAAUGAUGUGACGCCACCGCCGCCAGAGAUAACUACCAUAUCUGAUGAGAUAAGUCCAGCAUUACCAGAGAUAACCACUACUACUACUACUACUACUACUACUACAUCAUUAUCGACAACCACUGAAAAAAUUGCCGAAUUACUGGCCACUCCGUCACCCGUGGCCCGUGAUUUUGUUGCCAAUUCAUUGAAAACUGAUAACUUUAAUUGGCUUGAGGGCAAAUGGUAUGAAUUGUAUGCAACGUUGAAAAACAACAAACUGUGCGCUCAAACUGUAUUCAACCGAACCGGUAGUCAAUCGGAACUUACAUUUACAACUUUUAAUGACUGUUCAAAAUUAAGCUCCGGUUUACUGAAAAAAUUACCCGAUGCUAACAGUCAGCUGGCAAUGAUUGGCAAAGAUAUAACUGCAAGCUUAUGGAUAUUGGAUACCGGAGCCGAAACACAGAAAACACAUUUCCUAGCAUUAAAAUCGUUUAAUUUUCAAGAUGAUGUAAUCGAAAACUAUAUACUAUUUUCACGUACAUCUAAACUAUCGGAUCCAGAUAUGACAAAAAUUGUUGAACAGUUAGCCCGUUUGGUCAGUCAUGCAAAACUAGUACCAACACUACACCCGGAUAAAUGUACAUGCAAUCAUUAGGAGAAAAUAAACUACAAUACUAUCGACGCAAACGUGAAUUUGUGAACAAAUUGAAAAUCAGAAAAACUGUUAAACGUAUCAUUAGGUUAGCCAUCAGUGAGAGAAAUGCCGAAAUCAAUGAUAAUAAUAAUAAUAAUACUGAAGACGUUUAUAUACCGCAUAACUCAUCUGUAUUGAUGCUCAAGAAAGUGCCCAAUCGGUUGUCAUAUCAGUCGAUCCGCCACUACUUCUACAAAGUUUGCAGUCCUUAUCAAUGCCGACGACGACUACGAGGCGGUGGAAGAGUUUCAAAACCAGUUGUUAAAUAUGUACUGAAAAUUGGCCGCAAAAAUGUUUGUUACGUCCGUUUCAAUCGUAACAUUAUGGCUACGACUGUAUUGAAUACAAAUCGAAUAACUGACGAUACGGACGAUGUCCAGAAGCUGGUCAUCGAUGGUCAUCAUGUGAUGGCCUAAGUGCUCGAUAGACACGACUUACAACACUUUUGGCAAUUGAAUACUAAACGUAUAAACAAAAUGAAAGCCAAAAAAGAUCGCCACAGCGAUGAUGUGGCCAAAUAUCAGAUGACAAGCGGCGAGACAUGUGUACUGAAACGGGUAGACAAACGGCUGGAAUCGUUGAAACAGUCACUGAAAGAUUCCGUACUAAUUAUUGCCUUAUUUGAUUUUUGGGAAUAAAUCUAAUAUUAAGCGGACUUUUUGGCCGAUAAACUAUAUCGACGACUGUCUGUAUACUAUCUAAAGUGCAAUACGUUUACCGAUGCAAUUAUGCGGACCGGAACCAAACGGUACAUAAUUG